AUGAAAUAUGCUGAUAUUACCAAGGAUAUGGUAUUGACGCCUGAAGCUGAAAAACGUAUUCUUAGAAAAGUUGACAUGAUUGUCUUGCCAUUUAUGACAGUUAUGUAUGGGGUUCAGUUUAUGGAUCGUAGUACCCUUGGUUAUUCGGCUAUUAUGGGUGUUAAAGAUAUUGGUCCCAUGGUAGGUACCAUGUACAGUUGGCUUACCACUGGUUUCUACAUUGCUUAUUUAGCUUGGGCUUUCCCUGGUUCUUGGACCUUGCAAAAAUUCCCAUUGGUGAAGACAUUAUGUGCCUAUAUUUUCCUUUGGGGAUUUGUAUUGGCUAUGCAUGCUGCAGUGUUCACAUACCCAGCCAUUAUGGUAUGUCGUCUUUUUCUCGGUAUCUUUGAAGCUCCCCUUCUUACCGGAUUGUCUUUGAUGGGUAACAACUUCUACCGUAAGGAUGAACAGUUCAAGAGGAUGGCAUUUAUCUACGCUGGAACUGGUUUUGGUAACAUUCUCGGGUCGGUGGUAGCUUAUGGAAUUGAAAAGGAUGCUACCAACUGGGUUUUGACCUCAUGGAGAUCUCUUUUUUUGAUUCUUGGAGUAGUCACUAUGGUGUUGGCAGUGGCAAUGGUUUUGGUUGUUCCAGAUCUUCCGACACAAGCCUGGUGGUUAAGUGAAGAGGAUAAGUUGUUGACAGUAGAAAGGAUCAGAGAUAAUGAACAAGGGUUUGGUACCAAAGAUUUUAAAUGGCAUCAGGUUAAAGAAGCAUUUUUGGAACCAAGAGCUUACUUGUUUGCCAUGCUUGCAAUUUGUAUUGAACUUCCUAACUCGGGUAUCACUGCUUAUGGAUCCAUUUUGUUGAAUACAGAAUUUGAAUUUGAUACUGAAAAGGCAUUGUUGAUGAAAGCUCCAACUGGGGUGGUUCAACUCUUUGGAUUGUCUCUAAUCGGUAUCCUCAACUCCAAAAGGUUGAUUAAACACCCAACAAUUGUUGCUUUAAUCGGUCUUUGCUUCGCCUUGAUGGGUGGGUGUAUGUUAUGUUUUUCCAAGAAUAAGUACGCUGCUUUGGCCGGUUUCUAUCUCAUUGGUUUCUCGCCAAUUUCCAUGGUCACAGCUCUUACUGGUUUAUCUGCUGAUAUCGCUGGAAGAACCAAAAAAGUCGUUUGUAACGGUAUUUAUUUGGUUGGAUUCUGUUUCUCUUCUGCUGUGGGUCCACAAACAUUCCUUGCAUCUGAAGCUCCAAACUACCCAACCGCUAAAUACUGUUUAGUGGGAUUCUACAUUGGUGCUAUGUUCACUAUUGCAAUCCUUGGGUACUACAACUAUUCCGUCAACAAAAAAAGAGAUAGUGAAAGAGAUGCUUUGGGAGACGCCUACAAGAAGGUUGAAAAUUCAGCUUUUAUUGACAUGACUGAUAGAGAAAACAAAGAUUUCAGAUACACCUGGUGAUUAGAUCUAGUCCCUGUCUUUGAUAGAACAUGCGAUUUCAAUUCUUCAUAGGGUACAAGAGGUGAAUCAACCUCAAGUUCCCUGGUGUGUAGCCAACUUUCCAAUAUGUAUCUAUUAAAUAUUCAAUACACAAAACAAGAUAAUUCACGUUAGCUUAGUAGUGAGUUUUGAAUCUAACUUCGUCCAGAAAUCCUCGUCAAAUGUGAAGUUGAGAUCAAGUCUACUAUCAUCAAACAAGUCUUCUGUUAUAAGCUGUAUAUCCAAGUUAUCGUUGCUCAACUGUUCUUCUUCGUGUGUUGGCUCUUCAACAUCAGCAUUGUACAAGAUGCUUUCAGCCAAGUUUUCGAACAACACCCGAUAUAUUUCUGCUUCACUGGCUCUUUCGGAGAAAGAAUAGAGAAGAUUGGAACAUGCCCUCAAAUCGUUGUGAGCUUUAAUGUAUGGAGGUCUUUCCAUUGCCCAAAUACAGUAUAUUAAUGUCACACCGGCCAAGAAAAUCGUGUGCAAAGAAAACGUACU